UAAUAAUGAUUUUGUAUUACUUAUUUGAGAGUCUAGAUUUCAGAUCUUGCUUGUUUGUCGUUUGUUUAGUCCUGUUGCUUAUAAGUCUAAGCAAAACUAAAAAUCCAACAAAUUUUCCACCAGGACCCUGGGCGCUACCCUUUCUAGGAAACAUCUUCACUGAUGUUAACUACAAAUCUGUGGACCAGCUGAUUGAGAAGUAUGGAAACAUCUUUAGCCAGAGAUAUGGAAGUGAAAAAAAUGUUUAUGUGUCUGGAUAUAAAAUGGUGAAGGAGGUUUUGAUCACUCAGGGUGAAAACUUCAUCAGCCGUCCCAUUUCUCCUCUAUUUGAUUCGCUUUAUAAAGGCCAAGGAAUAUCCUUUAACAAUGGCUACUCAUGGAGGAAGCAACAGCAGUUUGCUAUGAGUCAUCUAAAAAACUUUGGAGAAGGGAAAAAAACUCUGGAAGAACAUUUGCAGCGAGAAUGCUACUUCCUGAGCGCAGCCUUUAAAGAAGAGCAAGGCUACCCGUUCGACCCUCUGGUCAAAAUCAACAAUGCAGUGGCCAAUGUUGUCGGUGCCCUUGUGUUUGGUCAUCGCUAUGAGUACGAUGAUGUUGAUUUCCAGAAACGUCUACGAAAGAGCGCAGAGUCUGUGUUUCUAACAGGAUCUGUUUGGUACCAGCUUUAUGAGGCCUUCCCCAGUAUAAUGAAGUGGUUGCCAGGAUCUCAUCAAACAAUCAUCUCAAACUAUAAAGAUUUAGCACUGUUCCUGAAAGAAAAGGUCGAACAACACAAACCAGAGUGGGUCAGCGAUAAUCCUAAAGAUUAUAUUGACGCCUACCUUUCCGAAAUAGAGAAGAAAAAGAAUGAUAUUGACGCGGGGUUUACUAUUGGUAGUCUGGUGUGGUGCAUGGUCGACCUGUUUGAAGGCGGAACAGAAACAACAACCAACACUCUCCGAUGGGCUUUGCUUUACCUCAUUAAGUACUCCGAUGUUCAAGAGAAGCUUCAUGCAGAGAUAGAGCAGGUGAUUGGCUCCCGUUUACCGACUACGGCAGAUAAAGCAAACAUGCCUUAUACCAACGCUGUCAUCCAUGAGGUCUUAAGAAAAGCAAACCUUGUGCCGCUUAAUAUGUCUCGAGUUGCAAGACAGGACACAACUGUGGGUGGCUACUUUAUACCAAAGGGGACUGUAAUGAUCACUAAUCUGACAUCAGUGCUGUAUGAUAAACAUGAAUGGGAAUCACCAGACACCUUCAAUCCUGGACACUUUCUAGACUCUGAGGGCCAGUUCCGCAGGAGAAAUGCUUUCUUUGCCUUCUCAGCAGGUAAAAGGCAGUGUCCUGGUGAGUACCUAGCUCACAUGGAGCUCUUCAUCUUAUUGACCAUCCUCCUGCAGACCUUCAAAUUCAGUCCUCCACCGGGUGAAGAGCCCAGUCUGGAGAGUGUGGUGGGCUUCACACAAGCACCACUUCCAUACAAAUUCUGUGCUCACCUGAGAUGAAUGACAUGGACUCCA